AUGGAGCAUGUAAAAGCGAAAUUCACAUGGUUAGAAGGCGCUUGGGGUGAAAGCGCUGAGAAAUUUGAAGCACUCAUGGGUUCCGUAAUCUCGCAGGCAACACGAUUGGAUCAAACCGCACCCGUUGGCAACAUGAUCAACGAGUAUGCACCAUCGUGGUGGACGCGAAUGUGUCGCGCUUUGGUGCGAAUGGAGAAACCCAAGCACCAUAAUGCGGAAGAAUGGCAUCCGGAAGAUCCGCACGCAAAAACGGAGCCGCCUGCUAAGCCGAAUCCACAGGCCAGACUGCAGCGGGCUCUGUCCAUCAUGAACCCGCAUAUACAUGAGUUACGAGCGGAAAGCUACUUUGGUAUGAUUCGUUUGCUUAAGCCAGGAUGUCGCUCUCUGAUCCUUCUUGUCGAUGAACAGAGCAAAGAAAAGCUCAUGAUGCAGUUUGCUCAGUAUAUAUUACCGCUAAGGAAGUAA